AUGUCUCGCGAAACCGUUAUAAAGGUACGGCUCAUCACUUUGCCAGCUAAUCAUGUUCUCAUGCCUGGCAUUGUGAUGCGGAUGUCUGUCCCCAGAGACCCGCCAUUACUUCCUACUCCUCAAGAUGUGACUGCAAAAGUCAAAACUGUUGUACCUUUCGUAUCCAGUCAUGACAACCUUGUGGCAAUUCUUCCCUGUGUUCCUGACGAACCCCACGAAGCCUCUGACAUCGGUACGCUCGCUCGCAUUCUUAGCCUUCCCUCGACAAAUCAAGGUAUGAUGAUUAUCCAGGGUAUUUGCCGUGUCCGUGUGCUUUCUAAGGACCCAUACGAUAGUGCUCGGAGCGUCAUGGGGACCCUCGAACUUAUCUUUGACGGUCGCACAGUUCCCAAGGAAACGAUGGAGCUUAUCGACAAGCUCAAGACCUCUCUGGAAGCUUUGUUGUCUUCUUUUGAGGGUGGUGCAGAUGUUGUCAAACGAUUUGUAUCUUUCACAGAGGGAAUUUCCUCUCCUAGUACUUUGGUGGAUAUUCUCGCUUCUGUCUUACCUCUGGAGUUUGCCGAGAAAUUCACUGUUUUGUGUACCACAGAUCCUGCAGAACGGGCCAAGUUUUUGAUUUUUAUUUUGGAAAAGAAGGCAGAGGCAUUGCGCAAACAAACUCUCACUAAAGUAGCCGGCGAUACUAAGCUGCCCUCGAAUCAAAUCGUCCUUCGCACUGACCUCAAGCCUAGCUCGAACCCGCCCGGUAAGCUCGCUCCCCCAGUUCGACUUCCUCGGAACCGUGGUUCACCUGAAGACGAUGGAAUGGCGGAGAUCGAAAAGACCCUGGUUGAGGCCAAGUUGCCCGCCGAGGGUCGUAAGAUCAUCGACCGCGAGCUCUCUCGUAUCAAGCGCAUGAUGCCGUCUCAAGCUGAAUAUCAGGUGUCGCGCAGUUUUCUUGAAACUGUAGCCGACAUUCCCUGGAAUAACAAUUUUGUUCCUGAGUUGAGUAUGGAGGUUGUUGAAGAAGCGCACAGAAUUUUCGACCAUGACCAUUAUGGGUUAGAGAAAGUCAAGAAGCGUCUUAUCGAAUAUAUGGCAGUGAUGUACUUGCAGCAGCGCAAUAGCCAUGGCACAAACCACAUAUCUGAUACGCAGCUUGCGGUUCCCCUUGCGCCCGAGACACCUGAGACACCCAAAAUCUUGGAGGCGCCUAAGGAUUCGCAAAAUAUGGUUGUUGAUGCUGAGGCCAAACCAGGUGAGGUUCGCACCCCAAUUUUACUGCUUGUGGGCCCUCCCGGCGUGGGAAAAACAUCCCUAGCAAAGUCAGUCGCUCGUGCCCUCAAUCGUAGACUGCACCGCAUUUCCCUAGGUGGUGUCCGUGAUGAAGCCGAGAUCCGCGGUCAUCGUCGCACAUAUAUUGGCGCGAUGCCUGGUGUUAUUGUCCAGGGACUGCGCAAAGUCGGCACUAUGAAUCCUGUGUUUGUUCUUGAUGAGAUUGACAAGGUCUCACAAGGCUCUCAUUCAGCCCAUGGCGAUCCGUCUGCUGCAUUACUGGAGGUGCUAGACCCGGAACAGAACUCCACGUUCGUGGACCACUAUGUAUCGUUCCCGGUUGAUUUGAGCCAUUGCAUUUUUAUCGCCACUGCCAACAACCUCGAAACCAUUCCUCCUCCUCUUCUGGAUCGGAUGGAGGUCAUCCACCUCGAUGGCUACACUUAUAUCGAGAAGCAGCACAUUGCCGAGAGUUAUCUGAUGCCCAAACAAUUGCGCGCCAACGCUCUACAAGAAAAGCAAAUUAUUGUUCCCCCGGAGGUCAUGCAUUAUAUCGCUACGCACUAUACACGCGAAAGUGGUGUGCGUAAUCUCGAACGACUUCUAGGAACAAUCUGCAGGGCAAGAGCCGUCGAACUUCUUACCGAGGGACGUCCUGAUGAGACAACAGAAAUUGAAGUGUCCGACUUGCCUCAUUAUCUUGGUCUAGAUCGUUAUACUGACGAUGUGAUCAACGAUGAGGUGGACACCUACAAGGACAAAGCAGGAAAUACAAUUCACCGCCGCAGCGUCGGCCUGGUCAAUGGUUUAGCGUACAUGGGGUCAGGAACUGGUGGAUUGCUAAUGUUCGAGUCUUCCAAGAUCCCGAACGGCACUGGCAAGCUGAAGCUCACUGGAAAGCUUGGAGAUGUUAUUCAGGAGUCCGCUGAGAUUGCUAUGACAUGGGUAAGAGCACAUGCCAUUGAUUUGCAUGUGGAUCCCGAGGUAUUUUCCAAGUUCGAUAUCCAUCUUCAUGCUCCAGCCGGUGCAAUCCCUAAAGAUGGACCAUCAGCUGGCGUGGCAAUGACCUUGUGCUUUGUUUCCUUGCUCACCAACAGAGAAGUCCCACGAGAUAUCGCAAUGACAGGUGAAAUCACGCUCAGGGGAAAGAUUCUCCCAGUUGGAGGUAUCCGUGAGAAGCUACUUGGUGCGCACAUGGCCGGGGUUCGCAAGGUACUACUCCCUUAUCACUGUCGGGCUGUUGUUGAAGACGAGUGCAAGUUUUUUGACGAGAUUGAUAUGAAGAUUGUUUUCGUCAAGUAUAUUUGGGAUGUUUUUGCCGAGGUGUGGCCCGAAGACCAGCAGCUUCGCGAAAUCGCCCAGCUUUAA